AAAGGCACCGUUAUAACCCAGGUCAUGUGACCAGCAGGUUCUACAGGACCGUCUCCAGAGCCGCACUGGUCUGCAGUUGAACGUACCCAGUCGUGCAGCAUGUCGUACAUCGCCAAGACGUUCUAUGACCUGCGUGCCACCACCUUGGAGGGGGACUCCAUAGACUUCAACGUCUACAGGGGGCGGGUGGUGCUCAUCGAGAAUGUGGCCUCCCUCUGAGGGACCACAACCCGGGACUUCACCCAGCUCAACCAGCUCCAGAGCCGGUAUCCACAUCGGCUGGUGGUCCUGGGCUUCCCCUGCAACCAGUUUGGCUACCAGGAGAACUGUGUCAACAGCGAGAUCAUGAACUCCCUCAAACAUGUGCGACCAGGGGACGGCUUCCAGCCCAUCUUCACCAUUUUCGAGAAGUGCGACGUGAACGGAGCAAACACACACCCAGUUUUCGCCUACUUAAAGGACAAACUGCCAUACCCUGACGACGACCGAGUCUCGCUCAUUCAGGACCCCAGGUUCCUGGUGUGGAGUCCGAUCAGUCGUAGCGAUAUCUCCUGGAACUUUGAGAAGUUUCUCAUCGCGCCGGAGGGGGAGCCGUUCAAACGAUACAGCAAAAAGUUCCCGACCAUUGACAUCGAGCCCGACAUACAAAGGCUGUUAAGACUGACCAAGAACUAGAAAAAGUAUUUUACGUUCACAUAACUCUUCUGUACCCAUGGAAACACACGUCCGAGCACUGUGGAAGGCUCCAUCUUUCUCGAAGUUUAUUAAUGAAGGUGAUAUUCUAAAUUAAAAGCGGGUGUUACCUGAGGUCUUGUAAACAUUUAAUAAAUAUGGAAAUGCCUUUCAUGGGUUAAUGUAACAAAACAAAACGACUUAAUAAAAUGUAAAACAUUUGGUGUGUGAAACUGUGUAAAUAUGUUUUGCUACUCAGCCGAUUUAGUCAGGUGAACACACUGUAAAUUCCCCAAACUUCCAUGAGGUGGCGCUACUGGUGAAUUUUUGGGCCCGUUUCGUCCUCAUCUGCAGAGCAUCAGAAAGGU